AUGCCUGGAAUCAUCAUGGCGGAAGUCCAGCAACCGUCUCUACAACAAAGCCAACCACGAGCAAUCCCUGGACAGGACACUGCUUUGCAGAUAUCACCCCCAGCUUCCACAACAUUACCUCAAUCUGCCUCUACAAAUCGCAUUCGAAAUUCGCAUCUCGCUUUAGAUACCUUUUCUCCCGUGAACCAGAAUGGAAGCUUCGAGUUUGAUCGUGUAUUGAAGAGUGGUUAUUUGCAGAAACGAACAAGGAAAACAAAGGCAUGGAAACCCGUAUUCCUCGUCCUGAGACCAAAUUACCUCUCAAUCUACAAAGAUCAAAAUGAAGAUAAACUUCGUCAUAAGAUUCACCUCUCCGAUCUAACAGCCGUCGCCUUUCUCAAAGAUCCCAAACAAAAGCGGCGCAAUGUCUUCGGUCUCUUCACUCCCGCUCGCAACUAUCAUCUGGAAGCCACCACCAAAGGCGACGCCGAACAAUGGGUCGAUCUCAUCCGCAAAGAAGCACGAAUCGACGAAGAAGAAGAGGAAGAAAUGUUACUCGCCAGUCCCUCCGGUAACGUAAAUAGUACCUAUCCGGGCUUCGACCAAAGCAUGGCGCACGAACAACUCCAACGAAGAAGCGAAGCCCAAAUCCUGCACGACGAAAGACUAGGAAGUAGUUCCCCGGAACCCACAGAACCCAUCAUCCCCCGCGCAAACAAGAAACAAAACAUGUCGGCCAUGGGAGGAGGGAGACGUCCCUCCAACACGAUCGAAUAUUCCGGCAACGAACUCGUCUCCGACGCCGAAUUCUCAGAUACAGAUCUUGCGCGUGUCCCCGGAAUGUCGACGCUUUCUCUGACUCUGCACAAUCCUCCUCCGAAUCCCAAUCCUAAUCCCAAUCCCGAUCUCGAAGUCAAACCUCCCGCGACCACUCUCCCCCUCGGCCGCAAUACAUCACAGUUAUCCCUCUCGCACCCUAAUCCCCUCCCCGAACACGAUCCCGAACGUGUAGUAUACCAAGGAUAUCUUCUCUAUCUGCGCUCGAAGAAUGGGAUUCGCUCUUGGAAAAAUCUCUGGGUGGUGCUUCGUCCGCGCUCACUAUCUUUCUAUAAAAAUGACUCGGAAUACUCGCCCGUCAUGAUUUUACCCAUGGAAAAUGUAAUUAAUGUUGUGGAAAUCGAUCCGUUGAGUAGGACGAAACGAUAUUGUUUUCAAGUGAUUGGGGAGGAGAAGAGUUUUAAAUUCUGUGCGGGAAGCGAAGGGGCGUUGGUUAAUGUGUUGGGAGCGUGUAAGAGUUUAUUGGCGAGGAGGAAGGGUGGCGUGGGUGCUUGA